UAACUAAGGCUGCGGAUUAUUGGACUGGCCGAAACUCGCCGACGACCAACAGUCUUUGAGUGCUAACUGUUGCCGGUUGGCCUAAAUACUUUGCCAAAUUUACAUUGUAACAUGGCUCAAAUAUCCUUUAAAAAAGAUCAUAUUUUUCAGUGGCGCUACAAACUCUCUGUUAAGUGCACUGCAUAAUAGUAAACAAACAAUCGCCUAGGAAACGAGAGGCCCUAUGAAAAACGUUUAUUGCUGAUAAACAAAUGUAAUUCAUUGAGAAAUGUUUAUCGACCAUUCGCAUCACGAUAGAUGGUUAACUAGUGACUGCCACCGAAAACACCGACAAUCUGUUAUAGUUUAUUUCGUACUGUCCUUCGAUGUUCGGUGGCCAUAUGCAAACCAUAGCCGCGCCAAUGAAAGACUAAGUAGAUGUCACUCAACUACUACACCUGCUUUGGCCGUUGUCGUCAUCGUCGGUGGCGUCAAAUCUCAGACGAUAGCCCGCGUCCCUCAUUGUUUUGUCCCUCAUUGAGUCGGAUCGUUCAGUCUGUAUGUAGUUAGUGUAUUUCUGUGUGUGCGUCUUGCGUAUAUGAUCGAUCCACUGAUUUGUCUCUAUCUGUACGUUGUCGAUGUUCUUCAUUUCUUCCUAGCGACUGGUGGCAGUCUGGUCGGCCCCUACGAACAUCCAGCAGUCAGAAACUUGGUCGCUUCCCACUCGCUUGGCCACUUUCACUGGGGCUAUUUGAUUACUACCGCCAUUAUCAUUGGUUCUGUUCAACCAACGGCAGAGCUCACUUGGACUGCUACAGAAUAGAGCGAUAAAAGUGAAAUGGCCGGUACGCGUAUAACAAACAGCAUUACGUGGUGACAUUGCUUCUCUGACGACUGGCAGUGCUAAAAUUACAUAACAACGUAAAGUCGAGUUUAAUAAUAUAACACUUUGUUAACGAAGACCGUAAAGGCAAUGUGGUAGCUUACAAUUCUAUUUUUUGAUCAAAUUCGUAUUCAGCGCGCCAGUAAGGUCCAUGUUGGCGGGGAAUAUGGUACUCAAAUAAAUCCCAACGAUGUUACGAAUAUCUCGCGGGCAAUGUCACUGUAAUCUUUACUAUGACGGAGAUGCAUCCGCGUCGUGCUUUGUCUUCCCUUUCCUUUGCGGGGUUGUUCCAGCGAUGUACGACGGUUCAUGCCACUAACAGACAUCUACCGCGGAAACAGCGUGACAGCCUACACACGAUCGUACAAAGCAUCAUUUCGCGAUUGCCAGAGAUAUAAAAACAGCACCGAUUGAAAAUUGUAGACUUUGAAUUGUGCGACAUCGUCCGUGCCAUUGCACGUAGCCAGCAGGCAACAGUAGGCCGUUUGAUUUCAGUGCAUCCACUAGAAAAAGUAAAGCAACAGAAAAUCUGUCUUCACUGCCGAAGUGAUUUCUACGAAGUUUUUCAUUGAAAAUUUACGCUUAUGGACUACUGAGCGUAUCAGACGUCGGAAGUAAAUCAUGUACAAACACUAGAGGCCAAUAAUUUUGCUAGAUAAUAAUAAUAAUAAUUGAACUAUCUGUGCAUCUAAAUCGCUAGUGAAAACCUAGUUACUACCGUCGAUAUCAAAAUGGUCUACGGCAGUAAACGAUCUCCAUUGUCUGCAAUGGCACUCGUAAUAGCUGCCUCGAUGUUCUGUGGAAUACAGUCGAUCGAUUAUACUCACGACCAGCUCCAGUAUCAAAGUCUGUCAACGAAGAGUGGAGCGUACAACUUUGGCUACGAUACGGGACUGUUCGGAGCUCACUCGUUCCAUCAGCAGUGGCGAGAUGAAGAUGGUGAGGUGCGUGGAAGAUUCGGUUACACCGACCCUAACGGAGACCUGCGUAUCACACACUACAGGGCUGGCAGAGAUGGAUACAGGAUUUUGCAGAACAAGGUUGAGCCUGGAAACCCUGUCCGAGCGGGACCUCGACCACUGCCUGGCUCUGGCGAUGCUCUAAAAGUACCUGGAGAAGAUGUAAUUUCCCGCAGACUUUCUGCUGCUGUCGCAGCUACGCCGGUCGCAAACGCUGAGACCGAUUCUGAGCCAAUUAUGAAUUACCGCAACGCUCUUAUUGCGUAUCCUAAUGGAAACCGCAAUGAGUACGUCGUCAACAAAAGCCGCUACAACGUUCCGAUUCGUUUAGCUGGUGAAGUGGGUCGACCUUCUGUAUUCCAUCGGCCUUUGUCUAACCAGCUAUCCAAAUUCGACUAUUAUGAUCAGAAACCCCAUCCCUCUGCAGCCUCGGUAAGGCUUUCUUUCGUCGAUAAUGGUAGACGGGUCGUUUAUUACAAGGAUGGCCAACCUUUGGCAUACGACCCGUUCGAAGUUUACGCCCAGCGGACGAAUUUGGGCUAUAAUCGUUUUGCGGCGCGAUAAACACUCAACUUUGCAAGAAGAAACAAAAUGUUAGUGUAUCAUCCACAAAACACAGGAUUUAGUCAGAAUUAUCGCUGUCAAAAAACUAUUACCUAUAAAAUAAGACUCUAGUUGAAUCAUCAUCAUCAGACACUGCUUUACGAAAUUAUCUUCUAAUUAGAUAUAAGGUGCAUCUCAUUGAAUACUAGUAGAGUUUUAUUAGGCUUGUAGUGUUCAUUGGAUUUGUCUCUUGCUACUUCACCAACGAAUGAAGCGAUGUAAACAUUCUGUGACUUGCUCUAUAUAUGAUACACAGUUCAAUAUUUCAUACGCUUCUACAUAUAUAUAUAUAUAUAUAUAUUGAAUUUGCGUAGCUACAAACAAAUAUAUAUAUAUAUAUGCAAAAAAAUGCGAUUGUGUGGGACAAAAAGGUCUCUAGCAUAAAGAUAAAUGGGGCAUCAAAUAAAUUUGCAGCUAUGUUGAAACGUCCGUGCAUCAUGUCUAUGAUACGAGGUUAAUAAGAGUGAAGGAUGACGAAGGAUCAUUAAACAGCAUUGUAAAGAAAACAUGAAAUUGUAAUUAAAUUUCGGCUGAACGUUGCAACAAGUAGUAGACUGCAGGUAAAUAGGAACGACUUAUUUGCACAUAUAUCGACGAGGGGUGAAAGAAGACAAUAAAUACGUUAGUAAUAACAAA